AGAAAUUGGUCUGCAAAUGAAAAUCUUGAUUGCAGUCUACCCGGGCUAGAGGUGCUCUGCAAAUGGCAGCGUUUUAAUCCACUACUGGAUCCUUACCUCCCUGUGUAUCAACCCUGGCUCUGCCAUGAGUGCCUCACCCCUGCCAUUUGUGGUUGGAACAAACACUGUGGAAGAGCAGCGGGCUCGAUGGGAGAGGAAGCGCAGCAGGACAGCCAAGGAACUGCUGGAAACGGAGCACAAAUACCUUGAGCAGCUGGAUUUGGUGCUCACAUACUUUGUGACAAUUUUAAAGGCCAAAGGGACGCUGAAACCUUCUGUGUUGGAAACUAUAUUUGGACCCCUGGACUCCUUAUAUUCAGCCAGCCAUGUUCUGUCACUUCAUCUGGAGAAAGGGAAUUUGGGACCGGGACUAGAAAAUUUUUGUCAGAGUCUGGAUCUUUAUGGCCACUAUGCUGAGAAUUUGGAGCAGGCAAAUAAAACCUUGAAGGAGCAAGUGAGGAAAAAUAAGUCAUUCCGGCGGUUUAAGAAACUCCAGGAGACUCGACCUCAGUUUCAAGGGAGGGAAUUAGAGGAUCUGCUUCCUUUGCCCCUGCAGAGGCUGCACCAGUACAAGCAUUUCUUCAGAGAUCUACUGGAGAACACCAGCCCAGACACUGCUGAGUACCAGAAACUUGCAAAGGCUGUGAAAUCUGUUUGUGAGGUAUCUCACUGGGUCCAAGACAUCUUUGAUAAGAGAGAGAACUCCUUGCAGCUACUUCGGGUUCAGAAACUGCUCAAAGGACAAAAGACUCAGGUUCUGAGUCCAGGGCGCUGGUAUAUCCGGGAAGGCUGGCUUUUGGUGGUGCCUUCCAAGGGAGAAGAGCUGAAGCGCAGAAUGUUCUUCCUGUUCUCUGAUAUCCUCGUUGCAGCGAAGCCCUGCCACCCACUGCACCUGCUGAACUCCAACAAGCUGUCCUGCCAGGCUGUCUACCCGCUCCACCAGUGCUCGGUGGAUAAAGUGUUUGGCCACACGUGGAGCCAGGGAGGGCUCCUCAGUCUCUCCUUUCCACACAAGACACUGCUGUUGAUGUCCAGCAACCAACAAGAGAUCAAUGACUGGUACCAGAGUCUCAAAGCUGCAGUCAGGCAGAUGAAAGCCUGACCCACCUGAGUACAAGACAGAUUAGCAGGACAACCACCCUCAUGGCAGAAGCUUUUACAAUCUUAUAAAACGUUCAAGGACACUUAGUAACACUGAAUUGAGGAUUACACACCGUGUUUGUGAGAUAAUGAAUGCUUUGUUAGCCACCCUCAUUGUUCACAGAUACUGCAAAAAAAAAGCAUUUGUACAUAAAAAAACAUGUAUCAAGGAUUUCCCCCAAUUUAGCUUAAAAACUUCUAGCUUUUUUGCACUUUCGUAAAUUCAUUAUUAACUUAAGGUUAAGCAGAUGAGAGUGUGACUUGUUUUCCCUCAUGAAAUGUGUUUUUAAAGGUAUUUUUGUAUUUUGUUAAAGCCUUAGCAUGGACUUCUAAUAAAGUGGGAGCUGUGCAGCAGCUGGGUUCAGAAAACAGCUAUUUGAAUAUGGUCAACUGCU